UCUUAAAGAUUUCAAGAUACGGUAUUGAGCCGUUCUAUAAUGGAUCAAUCGGAUUGAAUUUGGUAAGAGAUAUUAAUAGAGCUGGAGGAAUAAUGACAUUAAACGACCUGAAUAAGUAUGAAGUUAAAACGAGGGAACCAAUCUCAGCUAACAUUCUAGGCCUUAAAGUUCUUAGUAUGCCACCUCCUUCCUCUAGAGGUGUUUCAAUGGUGCUUGCAUUGAACAUCCUUACACAAUACACAGUCCCUUCCGGUCUUUCGGGGUCGCUCGGAACCCAUAGAGUAAUUGAAUCCUUAAAGCAUGCGUUUACCGUGAGGAUGAAUUUAAGUGAUCCAGAAUUCGUCAAUGUUUCAAAAUUUGUAGCCGAUAUGAUCUCUCCCGAGUUUUCGAAGAAGUUGAAGAAGACACUCAAUGAUAACAUGACUUUUGGCCCCAUUCACUAUGGUGGAAGGUGGAGCCAAGUUCAUGAUCAUGGCACGAGCCAUAUAUCCAUUGUUCAUGAUCAUAGCACGAGCCAUAUAUCCAUUGUUGAUAAAAGGGAAAAAAUGCAGCAGCAAAUUGACUCACUGCACAAGCAAAAAGGUGUCUUAAUUGAAUUUAAUGUCUAUUUUGUAAUAUGGUUAUGA